AUGGAAAAUAAACUAAACGGAAGGAUGAGCGCCAUCAGCACCUCCAUCGCCGACUCCACCGGCACGAGAGCAAGUGACUUGCUUGAAGCCGGCUUCAUUAAUGCUAAGCUAUGCAACGAGUCGCAGCCUCUCACGUGCAUGUCCUCCGCCGCGCGUCAUUUUGGAAACGUCGGCGCGCUGUUCCACGGCUUGAAUUCGAGCGGCGACGGCGCCGUUUUCAAAGACUGCGCCGUGCUCGACGCGUCUUCGCCCGCUGGCAAACAGUUCUACGACCGCGGCGGGGAAUAUCUCAAGUGCGACGCGGUGUCGUGGGAGGAUUUUGCUAAAGUUCAGAGAAGCGUGGCCACGUCCGAAAGUUUGCCCGGCUGCGCGAGUUUAAGCCUCUCCUCGGCCAACGGAGCGUUUAAGUUCAUCAAAGACGAACAGGAGGCCUCUGUGAUCAUGGACACCCCGUGUCCCAACUUCGACCCGUCGUCGGAGAUGCCGGCCCUCGACACCUGCUGCGACACCGACAGGAAGCUGAGCGACGGGGAGUCGACAGGCUUCGCGCCGGCUGCGGCGGGAUCCCCGAACUUCUUGCUCGAGCUGAACCCGGCGGAGCAGCUCCCGGCGCUCAGCCAGGUGAGGACCGACUCCAAGUGCGGCUUGUCCGGGAAGGCCGCCGUCAGCUUUGACGCCGACACGAACAAGGGCCAGCAUCUGACGGCGUACAAGAGCGAAGCCCCCCGCUGGCAGACGCAGACGUCUCCGGCCGAGCCCCAGUACUGGUGCCAGUCCGCAGGGGGGACCGAGGACCUGCUCGCGCACGGCAGCUACGAUGGGUUCCAGACCCCGGCCCUGACCCACAGGAACCCAUCCCCUUACUCCGCAUUCCCCGGCAUGCCACCUCAGAGACUGUGUGUGAUCUGUGGCGAUGAGGCAUCUGGUUGCCACUACGGAGUCUUAACCUGCGGGAGCUGCAAAGUCUUUUUCAAGAGAGCAGUUGAAGGCCAUCACAGCUACCUCUGCGCUGGGCGGAAUGACUGCAUCGUGGACAAAAUUCGGCGGAAGAAUUGCCCGGCGUGCCGCCUCCGAAAGUGCUACCAAGCGGGAAUGAUGCUCGGAGGCAGGAAGCUGAAGCGUUUCGGGGCCUUGAAAGCCUUGGGUUUCCCCCCGUCCCUGAUGUUCCAGUCCCACUUGGCCAUGUCCAGCGACAACCAGGCCUUGACCUCCAUGUCUUGCGUACCGGGCAUCCGUGAGGUGCAACUCUCCCAACAGAUCCUCAACAUCCUGGAAAACAUCGAGCCGGAGACCGUGUACUCCGGCUAUGACAGCAGCCAGUCCGAGGGGCCGCACAUUCUGCUCAACAGCCUCAACCGGCUGUGUGAGAAGCAGCUGCUGUGGAUUGUCAAGUGGUCCAAGUCCCUGCCAGGGUUUCGUAAUCUUCACAUCACUGAUCAGAUGACCCUCAUCCAGUACUCGUGGAUGAACCUGAUGGUGUUCUCUCUUGGCUGGCGCUCCUUUCAGAACGUCACCAGUGAAUAUUUGUACUUUGCGCCUGAUCUGAUUCUCAGUCAGGAGCAAAUGAGGAGAUCUCCGAUUUACGACCUCUGCCUGGCAAUACAGUUCAUCCCCCAAGAGUUUGCAAAUCUCCAAGUGACCCGCGAGGAAUUUCUCUGCAUGAAAGCCAUAAUUUUACUCAACACAGUGCCUCUGGAGGGACUCAAAAGUCAGGCAGCAUUUGAAGACAUGAGACAAAACUACAUCCGGGAGCUGACCAAGGCCAUCCACGUGAGGGAGAAGGGCUUGGUGGCGAGCUCACAGAGAUUCUACCACCUCACCAAGCUGAUGGACGCCAUGCACGAUAUUGUGAAAAAGGUCAACCUGUUCUGUCUGAGCACCUUCAUCCAGGCAGACGCCAUGAGGGUUGAGUUUCCAGAGAUGAUGUCAGAGGUCAUUGCCUCCCAGCUUCCCAAGGUCCUGGCCGGCAUGGUGAGGUCCCUGGUGUUCCACACCAAGUGACGAAGCCAGCGCACACGUCAUAAACCGGCGGAGACUUCUUGUGAAUUAUUUACCCCACAAUUACUGGAUUCUUUGUAGCCUUCUACUAUUGUAGUCAGUCAUUUAUACUUUCCCCAGUUUACUCUAAUGGUCUGUAAUGGUGAAACAGAAUGUCAUC